AUGACAUCUGCAUUGGACAUAAUCGUAAAAAGUGUACUUGUGGUCAUUGCAGUUAUCAUCGGUAGCCGUGGAGAUUUAGUAGUGUAUCCACACGCCGACAUUUUGACGCCAUCGACAAAGUUCGCAGUGACGCUCACACAAAGAGGUCCGACGUUCCCCAGUUUUACGUACAUCAGCACAUCAAACCAUCGCAUGAAAGACGCCUCCAGCGUCAAGCCCAACCGCUCCGUCUCUUGGACGUCAUUCGCGUUUACGUCUACUCCAGUUACGGUGGAAAUCUACGCAGCCAGAUCCUUCAGCAAAUGCUACGUGCGACCGCGGAGGUACAAUAUACCGUGCCAUAGGAUCACCUCAAACGUUGCCCGAUUUGACGUCCCGCACAACGGGCUCACGAUGUCGGUUGAAUUUGACACGGACCAGUCGUCGACCACUAAAGACAUCACCGACAAGCUCUUCAUCUUCGUCGACGAGCCUGAAACUCAUGUGCCUCUAAAGACUGAUCCCAGCGUCAUGUUUUUUGACGUCGGCGUUCACGACUUAAACGGCCAGCUUCACCUUCCGCCGGGAAUUCGCCAGGUGUAUCUCGCUCCUGGAGCGUUCCUCCAGGGGGGCUUCAUCACUACGGCUUCGCACCCCGUCAACAUAACCGGAAGGGGUAUAAUGUCUGGGGCCAUAUACCCCUUUCACGAUAACCGCUUCGUGUGGGGCCUCGUGAAUAUGGACAAGGGCUCAAACCACCUCUUAGAAGGGGUCACGUUGGUAGAUUCCCCUCAGUUCUUCUACAGGGGUCAAAGUUCAUUUAACACUGUCAGGAAUGUGAAAAUGCUGGCCCCAUGGACAUACAACUCUGAUGGAGUGGGGAUCGGUAUGGAUGGGCUUGUCGAGGACUCCUUCAUCUGGGCGAAUGACGAUACAUUCAAGGUUUACCAAAGUAACUUGGUCGUCAGACGUUGCGUCGUUUGGCAAGCUCAAAAUGGCGCCGUCUUUCAAAUGGGUUGGUGGCCGGAUCGUCGCAUGAGGAACGCCACACUAAGCAACAUCGACGUUAUCCACACUGACUGGUGUACAUUCAGGGGAGAAAACUGCCGCAUCAGCGACAAUGACGCCGUUCUCGAUCUCGGGGGACAGACCAAUGAUUUUGAGACAUCCGACGUCGAAUUCCGAAACAUACGGAUCGAGGACCCUUGCCCACGAACAAUCUAUUACCAGAUGUCUGACGGCGCUGUUGGUUCAGUGUCCAACUUCCGUUUCUUGAAUUGGACGAUGGCCCCCCAGCCAUUGGACGCUGCACUACACAACGUCAUAUCCGGUUCACGUGAGAGCCGCAUCACAGAUUGGCAAUUCGUCAAUUUCACCAUAGGAGGCAAUUGCAUCACCAACCCAGCUAUCAAUAACUUUAUCAUCGAUAAUCGGACUACUAGUGAAAUAGAUUUCAAAUGCCCCUCCCAGAAACAUUAA